GAGAGAUGUGCACAGAUGUCGAUGAGUGUCUGAAAUUUGGCAGUGCGGCCUGUGGGCCAGGAGCCUACUGUGUCAACACGGUGGGUUCAUACAAUUGCCCGUGUCUUGUGGGAUACAUAGGCAAUGGCACUCACUGCCUGGAUGUGGAUGAGUGUCUGCUCCCCAACAACAACUGCAGUGCCAAUUCAACCUGCGAGAACACGGCAGGCUCCUUCCAAUGCAAUUGUUAUACUGGUUUCCAAAAAACUGGAGAGAAAUGCGUAGAUGUAGAUGAGUGUCAAACAUCUGGCAGUGCGGCCUGUGGGAAUGGAGCCUACUGUGUCAACACGGUGGGUUCAUACAAUUGCCCGUGUCUUGCGGGAUACGCAGGCAAUGGCACUCACUGCCUGGAUGUGGAUGAGUGUUUGUUCCCCAGCAACAACUGCAGUGCCAAUUCAACCUGCGAGAACACGCCAGGCUCCUACCAAUGCAAGUGUGAUGCUGGUUUCCAAAGUAAUGCUACUGUGUGCGAGGACAUCGACGAGUGUGGGAGAGUCCCAGCUGUGUGUGGCUUGGGAACGGUUUGUGAGAACACAGUGGGGUCAUACCGCUGUCCCUGCGCUCCAGGAUAUCAACGCAACACAAGUGAUGGAAAUGCAACAUGCUCACUGGCAACGACAUAUUCAACCACGCCAUGGACUGCUAAUUCAACACAGUCACCACAGACAGCAAGUCCACCAAGAUCAACCACCUCAAACACAACGAGUAAUUCUACAGUAUUCUUCACAUCAGAAGGUGUAUCGGCCGCUACUGCACCAAUAAAUGCAUCAUUCACUGCAAUUACUCAACCUCCACCAUUCUCAACAUCAGCCACCCCGGUAACAAAUAAAACUGAUUCUAUUAAUGCAAACGCUACCGCUGUGGAGACAUCACCAAUAACAGCGCCCUCAGACACAACAGCAGCGAAUACAUCAGCUGUGACUCAACCUCCAUCAUUCUCAACAUCAGCCGCCCCGGUAACAAAUACAACUGAUUCUAUUAAUGCAACCACUACCGCUGUAGAGACAUUACCAAUAACAGCGCCCUCAGACACAACAGCAGCAGAUACAUCAGUUGUGACUAAACCUCCAUCAUUCUCAACAUCAGCCGCCCCGGUAACAAAUACAACUGAUUCUAUUAAUGCGACCGCUACCGCUGUGGAGAUAUCACCAAUAACAGCGCCCUCGGACACAACAGCAGCGAAUACAUCAGCUGUGACUCAACCUCCAUCAUUCUCAACAUCAGCCGCCCCAGUAACAAAUACAACUGAUUAUACUAAUGCAACCGCUACCGCUGUGGAGACAUCACCAAUAACAGCGCCCUCAGACACAACAGCAGCGAAUACAUCAGCUGUGACUCAAGCUCCAUCAUUCUCAACAUCAGCCGCCCCAGUAACAAAUACAACUGAUUAUACUAAUGCAACCGCUACCGCUGUGGAGACAUCACCAAUAACAGCGCCCUCAGACACAACAGCAGCGAAUACAUCAGCUGUGACUCAACCUCCAUCAUUCUCAACAUCAGCCGCCCCGGUAACAAAUACAGCUGAUUCUAUUAAUGCGACCGCUACCGCUGUGGAGAUAUCACCAAUAACAGCGCCCUCGGACACAACAGCAGCGAAUACAUCAGCUGUGACUCAACCUCCAUCAUUCUCAACAUCAGCCGCCCCAGUAACAAAUACAACUGAUUAUACUAAUGCAACCGCUACCGCUGUGGAGACAUCACCAAUAACAGCGCCCUCAGACACAACAGCAGCGGAUACAUCAGCUGUUACUCAACCUCCAUCAAUCCCAACAUCAGCCGCCCUGGUAACAAAUACAACUGAUUCUAUUAAUGCGACCGCUACCGCUGUGGAGAUAUCACCAAUAACAGCGCCCUCAGACACAACAGCAGCGAAUACAUCAGCUGUGACUCAACCUCCAUCAAUCUCAACAUCAGCCACCCCGGUAACACAUAUAACAGAUUCUAUGAAUGCAACCACUACCAUUGUAAACACAUCACCAAUAACAGUGCCCUCAAACACAGCAGCGAAUACAUCAGCUGUGAAGUCGACAACAGCAUCAACAACGAGAGUUGGGACUGAAAGCACAUUAGUGAUGGUGAAUAUGAAUGCAACAAGUCCCGUAGUUCUAACAGCGGCAUCAAACGCAACUUCAAAGACCACCGUGACAUCAGUGAUCACCGCAGCAAUGUCUACAAUCGGACCUAAUGGCACAAACGUGACUCUACCAAUAUUAUUAGGGACAUCAAGCACAACAACCACAGCCACAAUGGCACCAGCGGCUCCCAAUUCCUCAACGGUAGCGUUGACAAGUGCGAGUCUGCUGUUGUCGCCUGCUACAUCGAACACGACAGCAGCAAACACAGCUGUGGGUUCGGCAACAACAUCAACAACUACAUUGCCAACCAAUAGCACAACAGUAACUGCACUUACAAACCAGUCAACAAGCACAGCUGUGACUCAACUGAUAGUGAACUCACCCACCUCAUACACAACAAUAAUAUCAACAGUGUCAUCGUCUACGGCCUCAACCACAAAUGCAACAGUCAAUCCGGCUUCAACAAUUAGUAGCAUUUCAACGGUGACAUCUCCAACGACUUCAUCGACUUCCACCACUGUGUCUAACUCAACCUCGACUGAACAAACUACAACAGACACCACCACUACAGAAUUGACAACUACCACUCCGCAGGCAACACAGGCAACCACAACAAAGGAAGUCACCACCCUAUCAACUUCAACAGCACAAUCCACCACAACUGCACCUACAACAGCCACUUCAGAAUUGACUACUACUCCGCAGGCAACCAUAACAAAGGAAGUCACCACCCUGUCAACUUCAACAGCGCAAUCCACCACAAAUGCACCUACAACAUCCACUACAGAAUUGACAACUACUACUCCGCAGGCAACCACAACAAAGGAAGUCACCCUAUCAACUUCAACAGCACAAUCCACCACAACUGCACCUACAACAGCCACUUCAGAAUUGACAACUACCACUCCGCAGGCAACCACAACAAAGGAAGUCACCACCCUAUCGACUUCAACAGCACAAUCCACCACAACUGCACCUACAACAGCCACUUCAGAAUUGACAACUACCACUCCGCAGGCAACCACAACUAAGGAAGUUACCACCCUAUCGACUUCAGCACAAUCCACCACAACUGCACCUACAACAGCCACUUCAGAAUUGACAACUACAACUCCACAGGCAACUACAACAGAGGAAGUCACCACCAUAUCGACUUCAACAGCACAAUCCACCACAAAUGCACCUACAACAGACACUUCAGAUUUGACAACUACAACUCCACAGGCAACUACAACACAGGAAGUCACCACCCUAUCGACUUCAACAGCACAAUCCACCACAACUACACCUACAACAGCCACUUCAGAAUUGACAACUACCACUCCGCAGGCAACCACAACAAAGGAAGUCACCACCCUAUCAACUUCAACAGCACAAUCCACCACAACUGCACCUACAACAGCCACUUCAGAAUUGACAACUACCACUCCGCAGGCAACCACAACAAGAGAAGACACCACCCUAUCGACUUCAACAGCACAAUCCACCACAACUGGACCUACAACAGCCACUUCAGAAUUGACAACUACCACUCUGCAGGCAACCACAACAAAGGAAGUCACCACUCUAUCAACUUCAACAGCACAAUCCACCACAACUGCAUCUACAACAGCCACUUCAGAAUUGACAACUACCACUCCGCAGGCAACCACAAUAAAGGAAGUCACCCUAUCAACUUCAACAGCACAAUCCACCACAACUGAACCUACAACAGCCACUUCAGAAUUGACAACUACCACUCCGCAGGCAACCACAACAAAGGAAGUCACCACCCUAUCGACUUCAGCACAAUCCACCACAACCGCACCUACAACAGCCACUUCAGAAUUGACAACUACAACUCCACAGGCAACUACAACACAGGAAGUCACCACCAUAUCGACUUCAACAGCACAAUCCACCACAAAUGCACCUACAACAGACACUUCAGAUUUGACAACUACAACUCCACAGGCAACUACAACACAGGAAGUCACCACCCUAUCGACUUCAACAGCACAAUCCACCACAACUACACCUACAACAGCCACUUCACAAUUGACAACUACCACUCCGCAGGCAACCACAACAAAGGAAGUCACCACCCUAUCAACUUCAACAGCACAAUCCACCACAACUGCACCUACAACAGCCACUUCAGAAUUGACAACUACCACUCCGCAGGCAACCACAACUAAGGAAGUCACCACCCUAUCGACUUCAACAGCACAAUCCACCACAACUGCACCUACAACAGCCACUUCAGAAUUGACAACUACCACUCCGCAGGCAACCACAACUAAGGAAGUCACCACCCUAUCGACUUCAACAGCACAAUCCACCACAACUGCACCUACAACAGCCACUUCAGCAUUGACAUCUACAACUCCACAGGCAACUACAACAAAGGAAGUCACCACCCUAUCGACUUCAACAGCACAAUCCACCACAACUGCACCUACAACAGCCACUUCAGAAUUGACAACUACCACUCCGCAGGCAACCACAACUAAGGAAGUCACCACCCUAUCGACUUCAACAACACAAUCCACCACAACUGCACCUACAACAGCCACUUCAGAAUUGACAACUACCACUCCGCAGGAAACCACAACCAAGGAAGUCACCACCCUAUCAACUUCAACAGCACAAUCCACCACAACUGCACCUACAACAGCCACUUCAGAAUUGACAACUACCACUCCGCAGGCAACCACAAUAAAGGAAGUCACCCUAUCAACUUUAACAGCACAAUCCACCACAACUGCACCUACAACAGCCACUUCAGAAUUGACAAAUACCACUCCGCAGGCAACCACAACAAAGGAAGUCACCACCCUAUCGACUUCAACAGCACAAUCCACCACAACUGCACCUACAACAGCCACUUCAGAAUUGACAACUACCACUCCGCAGGCAACCACAACUAAGGAAGUUACCACCCUAUCGACUUCAGCACAAUCCACCACAACUGCACCUACAACAGCCACUUCAGAAUUGACAACUACAACUCCACAGGCAACUACAACACAGGAAGUCACCACCAUAUCGACUUCAACAGCACAAUCCACCACAAAUGCACCUACAACAGACACUUCAGAUUUGACAACUACAACUCCACAGGCAACUACAACACAGGAAGUCACCACCCUAUCGACUUCAACAGCACAAUCCACCACAACUACACCUACAACAGCCACUUCAGAAUUGACAACUACCACUCCGCAGGCAACCACAACAAAGGAAGUCACCACCCUAUCAACUUCAACAGCACAAUCCACCACAACUGCACCUACAACAGCCACUUCAGAAUUGACAACUACCACUCCGCAGGCAACCACAACAAAAGAAGACACCACCCUAUCGACUUCAACAGCACAAUCCACCACAACUGGACCUACAACAGCCACUUCAGAAUUGACAACUACCACUCUGCAGGCAACCACAACAAAGGAAGUCACCACUCUAUCAACUUCAACAGCACAAUCCACCACAACUGCAUCUACAACAGCCACUUCAGAAUUGACAACUACCACUCCGCAGGCAACCACAAUAAAGGAAGUCACCCUAUCAACUUCAACAGCACAAUCCACCACAACUGAACCUACAACAGCCACUUCAGAAUUGACAACUACCACUCCGCAGGCAACCACACCACUUCAGACAAUCAACCACAACUGCAUCUACAACAGCCACUUCAGAAUUGACAACUACCACUACGCAGGCUACCACAACAAAGGAAGUCACCACCCUAUCGACUUCAACAGCACAAUCCACCACAACUGCACCUACAACAGCCACUUCAGAAUUGACAACUACCACUCCGCAGGCAACCACAACAAAGGAAAUCACCACCCUAUCGACUUCAACAGCACAAUCCACCACAACUGCACCUACAACAGCCACUUCAGAAUUGACAUCAACCACUCCGCAGGCAACCACAACAAAGGAAGUCACCACCCUAUCGACUUUAACAGCACCAUCCACCACAACUGCACCUACAACAGCCACUUCAGAAUUGACAUCUACAACUCCACAGGCAACUACAACAAAGGAAGUCACCACCCUAUCGACUUCAACAGCACAAUCCACUACAACUGCACCUACAACAGCCACUUCAGAAUUGACAACUACCACUACGCAGGCAACCACAACAAAGGAAGUCACCACCCUAUCGACUUCAACAGCCCAAUCCACCACAACUGCACCUACAACAGCCACUUCAGAAUUGACAACUACCACUCCGCAGGCAACCACAACAAAGGAAGUCACCACCCUGUCAAAUUCAACAGCACAAUCCACCACAAUUGCACCUACAACAUCCACUUCAGAAUUGACAACUACCACUCCGCAGGAAACCACAACCAAGGAAGUCACCACCCUAUCAACUUCAACAGGACAAUCCACCACAACUGCAUCUACAACAGCCACUUUAGAAUUGACAACUACCACUCCGCAGGCAACCACAACAAAGGAAGUCACCACCCUAUCGACUUCAACAGCCCAAUCCACCACAACUGCACCUACAACAGCCACUUCAGAAUUGACAACUACCACUCCGCAGGCAACCACAACAAAGGAAGUCACCACCCUAUCGACGUCAACAGAACAAUCCACCACAACUGCACCUACAACAGCCACUACAGGAUUUACAUCAACCACUCCGCAGGCAACCACAACAAAGGAAGUCACCACCCUAUCGACUUCAACAGCCCAAUCCACCACAACUGCACCUACAACAGCCACUUCAGAAUUGACAACUACAACUCCACAGGCAACUACAACAAAGGAAGUCACCACCCUAUCAACUUCAACAGCACAAUCCACCACAACUGCACCUACAACAGCCACUUCAGAAUUGACAACUACCACUCGGCAAGCAACCACAACAAAGGAAGUCACCACCCUAUCAACUUUAACGACACAAUACACCACAACUGCACCUACAACAGCCACUUCAGAAUUGACAACUACCACUCCGCAGGAAACCACAACAAAGGAAGUCACCACCCUAUCGACUUCAACAGAACAAUCUACCAUAAUCACAGAAGCAAUCACCCAAGCCCCUACCACAACUUCACAAUCCACCACAAAUACGCCAGCAACAACGGAGACAACCACCGUACAUUUGAGAACAACCACACCGCAGACAACCACUCCAACCACAACACUGCAAACUACCACCCAAUCAACUUCACAAACAACCACAAAUACACCGACAACAGACACAACCACCGUACAUUUGACAACAACCACACCGCAGACAACCACAACACAUCAAGCCACCACACUAUCGACUUCAACAGAACAAUCUACCAGAAUCACAGAAGCAAUCACCCAAGCCCCUGCCACAACUUCACAAUCCACCACAAAUACGCCAGCAACAACGGAGACAACCACCGUACAUUUGAGAACAACCACACCGCAGACAACCACUCCAACCACAACACUGCAAACUACCACCCAAUCAACUUCACAAACAACCACAAAUACACCGACAACAGACACAACCACCGUACAUUUGACAACAACCACACCGCAGACAACCACAACACAUCAAGCCACCACACUAUCGACUUCAACAGAACAAUCUACCAGAAUCACAGAAGCAAUCACCCAAGCCCCUACCACAACUUCACAAUCUACCACAAAUACACCGACAACAACAGAGACAACCACUGUAAAAUUAACAACAACCACACCGCAAACUACCACGCCAACCACAACAAAAGAAGAUACCACCCAAUCAACUUCACAAUCCACCACAAAUACACUGACAACAACAGAGACAACCACUGUAAAAUUGACAACAACCACACUGCAGACAACCACACCAACCACAACAUUGCAAACUACCACCCAAUCAACUUCACAAACAACCACAAAUACACCGACAACAGAGACAACCACUGUAAAUUUGACAACAACUACACAGCAAACUACCACGCCAACCACAACAAAAGAAACUACCACCCAGUCAACUUCACAAUCCACCACAAAUGCACCGACAACAGAGACAACCACUGUAAAUUUGACAACAACCACACCGCAGACAACCACACCAACCACAACAAAAGAAACUACCACCCAAUCAAUUUCACAAUCCACCACAAAUACACCGACAACAGAGACAACCACUGUAAAUUUGACAACAACCACACCGCAAACUUCCACGCCAACCACAACAAAAGAAACUACCACCCAAUCAACUUCACAAUCCACCACACAUCCACCGACAACAGAGACAACCACUGUAAAUUUGACAACAACCACACCGCAGACAACCACACCAACCACAAAAGAAACUACCACCCAAUCAACUUCACAAUCCACCACAAAUACACCGACAACAAUCACAACAGCAUCUUCAACCACAACAUCUCUCCCCACCACACUUGCAUCACCAACAACAUUGACAACAAUCACAACAGCAUCACCAUCAACCACAACAAAAUCUCCAACCACAAUAGUGUCACAAACAACAUAUACCCCAACUACAACAUCUUCAACAACAACAUCUUCAACAUCGCAAAUCACAACAGCAUCGCCAUCUACAACAUCUCCAGUACCAGGUUUGCCAAGAAAUCUAACUCUUGCCAGUGGAGGAGUAACAAACACAUCUCUGCAAGUCAUUUGGCUGAGUGCUCUGGGAGAUGUUGAACGAUACACAGCAUUAAUCUCUCCUGGAGAUUCACCCUCCAUUGCUGUUAGCCCGAAUGGUUCACUCAAUGCCAAGUUUGCUGGGCUGAGACCCGGAGUCCUAUACAUCAUCACUGUG